GGCCCACGGCGCGACCGUGAGAGAAAGUUGAAAGGCGGGCGGCUUCCUGCCCGGCGGCCCCGCGCGGGGCGGGGGCGUCCGUCUGUCCGUCUGCGCUCGCUCGCCCGCCGAAGCGGGGGACGGCCGCCGUCCCGGCGCGCGUGGACCGUGGCCCUGGCCCCACCCUUCCACGGGCAGGCUGAGACCCUCAGGAGAAGUCUCGGGGUUGCACGACGACGAUUGUGAAAACCGCCCAACAGUUCUGCCUUUCUUGACUAUCUCGAGAUUAAAAAAUAAAUCAUGACUGAAUCUGCCUCUAGCACAAGUGGUCAAGAGUUUGAUGUAUUUAGUGUUAUGGACUGGAAAGAUGGAGUAGGUACAUUACCAGGAAGUGACUUGAAGUUUCGGGUAAAUGAGUUUGGAGCCCUGGAAGUUAUUACAGAUGAGAGUGAGAUGGAAAGUGUUAAAAAAGCAACUGCUACCACCACGUGGAUGGUGCCAACUGCUCAAGAAGCCCCGACCUCUCCCCCGAGCUCCAGGCCCGUAUUUCCACCUGCCUACUGGACAUCUCCACCUGGAUGUCCCACAGUCUUUUCAGAGAAGUCUGGGGUACCUUUCAGGUUGAAGGAUCCAGUGAAAGUGGAAGGGCUUCAAUUCUGUGAGAACUGUUGUCAGUAUGGCAAUGUAGAUGAGUGUCUGUCUGGAGGAAGCUAUUGCAGCCAGAAUUGCGCUCGGCAUAUCAAAGACAAAGAACAGAAAGAAGAAAGGGACAUGGGAGAAGACAACGAGGAAGAAGAUCCCAAGUGCAGUCGGAAGAAAAAACCAAAAUUGUCUCUGAAAGCUGAUGCCAAGGAGGAAGGAGAAGACAGAGAUGAUGAGAUGGAGAACAAACAAGAUGGAAGAAUCCUGAGGGGUUCGCAGAGGGCCCGCAGGAAAAGACGAGGUGAUCCAGCUGUCUUGAAGCAGGGUUUGCCUCCUAAAGGAAAGAAGGCUUGGUGCUGGGCAUCCUACCUGGAGGAGGAGAAAGCUGUGGCAGUGCCAGCGAAGCUGUUCAAGGAGUAUCAGUCCUUCCCAUAUAACAAAAAUGGAUUCAAAGUUGGCAUGAAGUUGGAAGGUGUGGACCCUGAGCAUCAAUCUGUGUACUGUGUCCUCACUGUGGCUGAGGUUUGUGGAUACCGAAUAAAGCUUCACUUUGAUGGUUACUCUGACUGUUACGACUUCUGGGUAAAUGCAGAUGCCCUAGAUCUUCACCCCGUUGGCUGGUGUGAGAAAACUGGCCAUAAACUCCAUCCUCCAAAAGGAUAUAAAGAAGAAGAAUUUAAUUGGCAGACCUAUCUUAAGACAUGCAAGGCUCAAGCUGCUCCUAAAUCAUUAUUUGAAAACCAGAAUAUAACAGUGAUCCCAUCAGGCUUCCGGGUUGGAAUGAAGCUUGAAGCUGUAGACAAAAAGAAUCCUGCGUUCAUCUGUGUUGCCACGGUAACAGAUAUGGUGGACAAUCGUUUCCUGGUACAUUUUGACAACUGGGAUGAGAGCUAUGACUAUUGGUGUGAAGCAUCUAGUCCACACAUUCAUCCAGUUGGUUGGUGUAAAGAACAUAGACGAACCCUAAUCACUCCACCAGGUUAUCCAAAUGUGAAACAUUUUUCUUGGGAUAAGUAUUUAGAAGAAACCAAUUCUUUACCUGCUCCUGCAAGAGCUUUCAAAGUGAAACCUCCACAUGGAUUCCAGAAAAAAAUGAAGCUUGAGGUUGUAGACAAAAGAAACCCCAUGUUUAUUAGAGUAGCUACUGUUGCAGAUACCGAUGAUCACCGAAUAAAAGUUCACUUUGAUGGCUGGAAUAGUUGCUAUGACUAUUGGAUAGAUGCAGAUUCUCCUGAUAUUCACCCUGUUGGCUGGUGCUCAAAAACUGGACAUCCUCUUCAGCCUCCUUUGAGCCCCUUAGAGUUAAUGGAAGCUUCAGAACAUGGUGGAUGCUCAACUCCAGGAUGUAAAGGGCUUGGCCAUUUUAAGAGAGCGAGGCACCUGGGCCCUCACAGUGCUGCCAACUGUCCCUAUUCGGAAAUCAAUUUGAAUAAAGACCGUAUUUUCCCAGACCGUUUAAGUGGGGAGAUGCCUCCAGCUAGCCCGUCAUUUCCAAGAAAUAAAAGGACAGAUGCAAAUGAAAGCUCUUCAUCUCCUGAAAUCAGAGAGCAGCAUGCCGAUGAUGUCAAAGAAGACUUUGAAGAGCGAACAGAAAAUGAAAUGAGGACAUCACAUGAAGCCAGAGGUGCCCGGGAAGACCCUACCAUACAGCAGGCACAACGGCGCUCCGCUGUCUUUCUGUCCUUCAAGUCCCCGAUUCCGUGUCUGCCCUUGCGCUGGGAGCAGCAGAGCAAGCUUCUUCCAACAGUCGCCGGCAUCCCUGCCAGCAAAGUUUCCAAAUGGAGCACAGAUGAGGUAUCAGAAUUCAUACAGAGCUUACCUGGGUGUGAAGAACACGGAAAGGUAUUUAAAGAUGAACAAAUCGAUGGAGAAGCGUUUCUACUUAUGACCCAGACGGACAUUGUGAAAAUUAUGAGUAUUAAGCUGGGCCCUGCUCUCAAAAUUUUCAAUUCUAUCCUGAUGUUCAAAGCUGCAGAGAAGAAUUCUCACAACGAACUUUGAAGAUGGUGAAUUCUGAAUGCCAUCAGCUUUCUGAGUUAGAGCUCAUGUUUUAUUCAAAGCACAAGGACGGUUAUAACUCCUAAGCGAGAAGUCUCCAAAACUCAAAAGAGCAACACUAUCGGAUUAUUUAUAUUCCUCAAGAGACAAUGUAUAUGAAUUCUUAUGAAAGUGCUUGAGCUUUUAACCAGGUACUGUCUAAAAACAGUCAUCUUUUGGUUCUGUUCACUGAGCUAAAUUUAUCUUUGUAAAUCUUUUUGAGGCCAGGGAGGGUGGGGGACAGGGGGACUUCAUUAAUUAUUUAUGGCUAAGGGGGGGGCAGAAUAAGAAAUUUUGGCAUUUUGUAAACAUUGUUGAAUUCUCUUUCAUGUACACUGUUUCUUUUUCAAUACUUUCAGAAGCCUUUUUAUAUAAUCAAAUAUCAACUUAAACCAAAUUAGUCAAAACCUGGCUAAUCUUAGCCAGUGGGACUGUUACCUGUAUUGUUCCUUUUGUGCCAUAUUUUGAACUGCAGCAUUAUGCUAAGGUUAACUUUGCAAGUCAUGAUAUUGCUUAACUGCUUGUCAUAAUAUUUGUCGGGGCUGAAUAGUUGUAAAAAUUACUUUUCUUUGAAUCAGUGUUUUUACUUUUGCACGCAUUAUGAAAUGUUAAACAAAGUACUUUUCACCAGCAUCUUUACUAUAAUUACCAAAAACAUGUAUAUAAAAGAAUGGAAUUGAGAAAUAAAAUAUAUAAACAUAA